AUGAAAAAGUAAAGCCAAUGACAUGGUGUUGGUGUACGCUGUACAAAUAUUUAUUAUUUUUUUCACGUUAUGCUAAUUAAAAAUGAUUUGUUUUUACUUAAUUCGUUUGAAAAUACAUUGUUCUCGAUGUAAGUAACAUUUCAAACGCAAUUGAUCUCCGUUCAAGAUCCCUAAAGGUGUUUUUCGAGGUAUUCAAUCAACCGUGCAUCGCGUUAUCACUCCAUAUCAUCUGAGUAAAAUCCAUAUAAAGUAUUGAUUACUUUGAUGAAUUUUGUGUAAUUUCGUAUCCCGGCUCGACUACGAAUCUACAGAAUUAAUAUAAAUCGGAAUCCGUGUGGAGAGCAGAUUGGUCAACGCCAAGUUCCUAGUUCGGUUAUCGCUUAAUUAGUUUAAUUGAUGCGUUUACCUAUUGUCCAGUGCUCGACAGCCGAAUCGAGAUUCCAUGUGUAUUACAAAUUUAAUUGAAUUAUUGGUCGUAUCAAUGGGCAAUAAAAACAGUUGCUGCGUGUACGCUAGUCCGGCCGUAGGACGUAAGCCUCCUGCCAAAUUCAACGAUACACAAAGCUCUAGAGACGAUUUUGCUGGUAAUUUACAACAUAUCAGUGAAAGAGAACCCGAAGAUUGGGAUACCGAUCCUUCCCUACAUCCUAAAGCUAAAACCAUCUUCUUAGAAAGAUCCAAACUCGAAAAUGGUUUUAGCAGAAAACGAAGUUUGAAUAAUAUAACCGAUGUGAGGUCGUUGAAAAAAAGCAGCUCGUGUAGUACUAUUUAUCUAGACGAUAGUACGGUUUCUCAACCCAAUUUAAAGAACACCUUGAAAUGCGUAUCUUUUGCUAUUUAUUACCACAUUAAAAAUCGUACUUCGGAACGGUACAUGGACAUAUUCGACGAAAAACUACACCCUCUGACGAAAGAUGAAGUAUCCGAUGAUUACGAUAAUUAUAAUCCAGAACACCGUCAAAUCUAUAAAUUCGUCAGAACACUGUUCAACGCUGCUCAAUUGACCGCUGAAUGUGCUAUAAUUACAUUGGUUUAUUUGGAAAGGUUAUUGACCUACGCCGAUGUUGAUAUUACGCCAGGCAAUUGGAAACGAAUUGUCUUAGGUGCCAUUCUUCUAGCUUCCAAAGUUUGGGAUGACCAAGCUGUCUGGAAUAUCGAUUACUGCCAAAUACUUAAGGAUAUUACUGUCGAAGAUAUGAACGAAUUAGAAAGACAGUUUUUAGAAAUGUUGCAAUUCAACAUAAACGUACCGUCUAGCGUAUACGCCAAAUAUUACUUCGAUUUACGAUCACUGGCCGAAGAUAACGACCUAGUUUUCCCAGCCGAGCCGCUGAGUAAAGAACGCGCCCAAAAAUUGGAAGCCAUGUCUCGAAUUUACGAAGACAAAAUAACCCUAGACGCGUUGAAAAAACACCAAAUGAAAAAGUGGAGUAGUUUGGAUAACGUUAAUCACAUGGUCGCUUCGAGAAAAAGCGUCGCUAUAUUGUCUUGAUGCAGGUUUUCUCGUUGGUUUACAUUCCUCGUCAUUUUAUUUUAAUUUUUUUUUCUUUCUUUCGUUUUUUUUUCUUUUUUUUUUGUUGCUGGAUAAUUUUCAUUUCUUUUUUUCUUUCCUCCCUACCUUUUUCGUGUAAAUAGUGCAUUAUAAUAAUAUAACGAAAACCGCGAGCGUGUGUAUAUUUACUUCUCUAUUCUAUUCUUCCUUUCUAUUAUUUUCGUUGGAUAUAAAUUUGGUUACCUAUGUUUGUAUUAUAGUACUCGUAGUAACCUUAUAUGUAUAAUGAAGCAGUAUUUUUUAUUAAAGCGUGUAAAAAAUUUUCCGUCGAGUGGAAAUUUGAAUUGUAUUGUUGUCGUAUCGUAUGAAUCGUUCGUUCGUUCGUAUGUACGUAUGAUUCAUUGUGUACAAUUUCAUUGCAGAAAUUUUUUUAUCAUUGCUUUUUUUAUGUAUUUUUUUAGAUAUUAGUUUAUUGUUAAAAAUUGCAGUCAAAUUUUUUCAAAGCUUCCAGAAUUCGAGACGAUGUUUCUCGUUUUAACAUUAUGUUAUAAAUUAAUUUUGCAACAUUAGAUUAAAUUAAUUGGAGGAUAGCAACGAUAAAAACAUAACGUAAUUUUAAUAAUUUUUUUUUUACAAAAGUAACGUACGUGUUUCACCUUCAAAGGGACCAAAAUCAUUUUUCGAUGCGUGUUUACAAACAACCCUGAGCACGAGUUCGGUAAAUAAAGGUGUAUUAUCUGUAGAAAAUUUCCAAAUAUUCGGUCAAAUUAAUUAAGUAUUUUUGAAAAGUCAUUUUCAUCUCUGGAAGUACGAAUUUUAGACGGGUAAACUGAAUCUACGAUGUGUACGAUGAAGAGGAGGGCUCAUUUUACAUUUCGUAGCUUCGGAUUACCCCCCUCCCUCCCUAAAAAUCGUACUUUCAGGGUUGAAAUAUUUUUUUGCGACGAUUUCAAGUAAUUUAGUAACUGCAAAUUCUGUAUUGAAAUGGUCUGGCUCGAGCUGAAUUGUCGGAACGUACCCCUGCUGCAGCCAUUAUUAGUUUUUUCUGCUGAUUUAAGGUAUUAAAUCGAAGUAUAAGAAAACAAAAAAAUUUGUAACGUAAUUCUGGAUUUUUUAUUGAAUCUAUCGAUGUUACAAGAGCUUUAAUUCUUUAGAGAGAGUAGGAGUGCACGCCUAUUCUUUUGAAUCGUUGCUCUGUUACGGUGCUAGAGGCGAUAAAAAAAUGCAUAGAUUGAAACUAAUACAUUUUUCAGCGUAUUGUGAGAAAAAUUAUUUAAAAAAUUUACUCGGUUACCUAUCUGUAAAAAAAAAAAAAAAAAAUGUUUUAAAUUGAACAAUUUUUUCCUCAAUUACACCUUUAUUUUCCGAACUACGAGUGACAAAAAGCAAAAUCAUGUUUUUCUAUUUUCAAACGUAAUGUGAUUUGAGAAGCUGCGUUAGAAUGUUGUGUAAGUCAUAUUUACUCGCGUCUUCCUUUAUUAAUGUGUAUUUUUUCCUCGUUGUGCAGCUUUUUUUUAUAAUGAAAUAGUGUCAAAAAAAUGAGUGAACUGACUCGUUACAUGUUGAAAUCUAGUCUAUGUUUUACACGUGGAAAUGCUUUCGUAUAAAUAUUAUAAAAGUAUAUGUAAUGCACAAUUUGUAAUGUUGUAGAAAGCGAAAUUUGUUAUUGUCAAUUUUCAUAAAUGCCCCAUCCUGUCUGUAAUGGUUAAGAAAACACAAACAAAAUCACGUCAUACUAAAAAAGAAACUUAAUCGAAGUGCCCACCUCAGAUUUGAUCGAAAAUGUAAUUUUUGGAAAGAGCCUGGUCUGUAAUCCUUUUGACUAAUAAUUUUAGUCGAUUAAAUUAAUUUUUCUAUUUUGAUUGAUUUUUUUUCAAAUCCAAAAAUGAUGAUUUUUUUGAAAUUGAUGAUUAUAAUUUUUUUUAGUAUAAAUUAUGAAUGGUAGCGUAGACUCCUUCAUAACCGGAUUUUUUAAAAUCAUUUUCAGUCAUUCUGGAGCCUCCAGCGAAGUUUCAGAUUUUUCCAGUAUUUUCGAAUUUCUUCAGAAAGCACAAAAUGGCUAAAAAUCGAGUUCUGGCUCAUUUUCGACCUGUUCAAAGAAUUUAUCCUUAAUUAAGACGAUUUUCAAACGGGCACCUCGAGUGUGUUUUAUUGAUCAUAUUUAUUUACUUACUCAGUAAAAAAUACAAUAUUAAUAAACUUGCUAGUCAAAAAAAUAAACUCGAGAUAAUCUGUCUGGAAAUUGUCCCAGUUGUGGAUAAACUCGCUGAAUAAAUCGAGAAUAAAGCAGAACUCGAUUUUCAGCUCUGUUCAAACUACUUUUUUUGUUUUGAGGAGAAAUUCAAAAAUUCUAAGAAAAAUUUAAAAUCUCACUGGAGGUUUCAGAAUAAGUGAAAACGGUGAAAUUCAGUUCGAAAGAGACGAUAUCAACUUCAGAACUGAUUUUCAUCAUUUUUAGGUACUGAAAAAGUUUAUACGCACAUUUGAGGGAGAAAUGACAUAAAUUUUGAGACGUUACCAUUCUUAGAUUUUCAAAAAUUAGCUAAAAAUCAAUUUGGGCAGAUGAAAUUUUGGUUUUAGGCGUCUCAGGCCAAAUGCUCUUUCCAAAAAAAUGUAAGCCUUGAUUUAUAAUUUGCCAGAAGUUGAUAAUGAAUAAAAAUCUAAAAAAAAAAAAAAAAAAAAAAAA